AUGGCGCAAGACAGCUCUUCAAACAGGCCUAUGCCACAGAAAUAUAGGCGUAAUCGCACUAAAUUCACCAAAGAGCAGCUGAAAAUCCUCAUCGACACCUUUAACCAAAUGCCAUACCCAGGUUAUGCUACCAGACUCAGACUUGCUUUGGAAAUCGAUACUGAAGAGCCAAGAAUUCAGCUUUGGUUUAAGAAUCGCAGAGCUAGAUACUCAUUCCAGAAAAGAGGAGAACAAAAGGAAGCCCUGGAAUCUAGCCAAGACCCUGGGCAAGAUCACCUUCCAGAACAGAUUCCACAUGAACAGGUCAGACAGUGCCGCACCAUCUACAGCCGUUCUCAGCUGCGCGCCCUCAUCAAGGCCUUCAGGAAAAACCCCUACCCUGGGAUCCACUGCAGAGAACAGCUUGCUGACGACAUUGGAGUUCCUGAGUCGAAAGUCCAAACUUGGUUUCAAAAUAGAAGAUCUAGAUCAGGUGUGCAGAGGAAAAAAAAAAUACCUGAUGAAUCCUUUGGACAAGGCCAGGGAUAA